AUGUCCGACAACGGAGGAACAGAAGUCGAGACCUUCAUGUCCGUCCGCGGCGGUCCAUACGGCAAAAUCCACCAACCCAUCCACGAAAGCAUCACCCUCGCCGCAUUAAUCCACGGCAACUUCGGCGUGGCUCGCGGAACAACGCUGGGAAACGUCAGCGUUCACGACUGGGAAUACGUCCGCGGCGCAGUCUGGAACGACGAUCCCGCCUGCUUGCUCUUCGAAGACACAUCCAGCAACAACAAAACCUACUCGACCGCCGCGAUGUGGUACAAAGACUACCUACUCGGAGAAUACCAAUGGCAGAACAACGACGCAAACCGCCUGCAGAACGUCGUUGGAAGAUCUCACUACGGCGACCUCCAAUUCCUGCACGCCAUGGCCUCCACUCUGGGCGAACCACCCCAAGACACGAAGCGGAAAUUGAUGACCUGGCUGGAAGUCAUCUACAAGCUCGCCAAUGGCGAAGACGGCAUCACGAAGGACACCACAAUUGAAAAGACCAAGCUGAACGACCUGCUCUGUCCGCCAUUCGCCUUUCCGCAGCGCUGGAAAACACUGGAAUUUGUCUUCGCGCGGAACGCAGCGUUUGCGAGUCCCGAUAUCACACGCCGCGCGAUCGGGAGUAUUUUCCACAUCAUCCAAGACUCCUACGCGAUUGGACAUACCCGACGGGUGAUGCUCAAUCCGGAGGACAAGAUCUCCGACCACCCCCUCAAAUUUUCCUCCACUACCUACGACAAAUGGGGUCCCAUCUCCAAUUUUCACACCUACGCGGGCCAAAGCAGUGAGCACUCCCACUACGAUCAUUCCGACGAGGCUCCACCUACAAAUUUGAACGAUGUGGAGGGCUUCAAUGCGUUGUUGGGAUGUCGUAUGGCGGUGGAGAAGUGCGAGGCGUUCAUGAAGUUCUUCGCGGCGGGCACAAAGUGGGCAGAGGGCGUGAGCAAGUUCUUUGACGAGGACAUUUUCGCUCUGGCGGAUGGGGCGACGCCCGCGAACAACGAGGUCUGCUCGAUGCAGGCUGUUGUGAUUCGAGCCGAGCACACUGUCCGCUUCGAGACACAUUGGAGUGAGCGAAUGGUCUGUCGGUUCGAGGGGAGCGUUACCGACACAAUGUCCCUCGUCACCGUGAACGGCAACACCCUCAAUCUCUCCACGAGCCCGAUCUUCUCCCAACCCACCGCCGAGCACUCCAAUUUCAUUCUGGUCCAGGGCUAUGAUGCCUUCACUCUUGAUCAGAAGUCCGCUCUCGCUGGUCUCGGAGUGGAGAUCAUGGAGUACGUUUCCGAGAAUACGUAUUUGUGUCGUUACACACCGAGUGACUUGGAAGUGCUGAGGAGGGCGGAUGGGGUGAGGAGUGUGGUUGUAUAUGAUGCAGCGUUGAAGCAGACGAUCUCCCUCUCGGAAAUGGUGGAGACGCAGCCCGACCAAACGGAGUACGAAGUCGAUCUCAUUUUGCACGACAUACCGAACGUCACUGCCAACCAGCUGGCGCCGUUCAUCGCGACCGCAGCCCGCGCUUCCAUCACCGAGCUGGAAAUCGUGCCCGGGAAAGUCAGACUCACCGUACAUCAAGACCGACUCGCGGACCUCGCGGCUCUGGAUAGCGUCAACCGAAUCGAGGAAGUACAGCCGAAGACGUGGUAUAAUGACCGCGCGAGGGCGGUGCUCCUCGGGGAGGAAGAGAUCUGUGUGUCAACAAAGUAUCAAGGCAACGGUCAGAUUGUCUGCGUGGCGGAUACGGGCAUCGAUGAGGGGUUCGUAGCGGGAGCCGAGGAUGGGAUUCUGCAUCCUGCGUUCAAGGGUCGGAUCGAGCAAGUCCUCGAUCUGUGGGAUGAAGAUAAUGGGAGAGAUCACAUCGGCCAUGGAACGCAUGUCUGCGGUUCGAUCGUGGGGAGUGGCAUGUGCAUCGAUCCGGAGUCUGGCAAGGAGGUGGUCGUGCGAGGAACGGCUCCUGGAGCGAGAUUGAUCGUCCAAUCGAUGCUGAAUUGGAACACGAAUCUCAAAGAGUACAUCCUCAAACAGCCCCUGGACUUGCGGAAGCUGUGGUCGGCACCGUACGCUCUCGGCGCGAGAAUCCACAGUAAUUCGUGGGGCGAUAAGUGGAAGCAGACGCAGCUCGGAUAUGAGAGCGAUGCCACGACUAUCGACUCGUUUGUGCAUGGGAAUCCGGACUUUACCAUUUUGAUCGCUGCCGGGAAUGAUGCUAAUAAGGGCAAAGUCCCAGUCGCUCAGAUUGGAGACAACUCCGCAGCGAAGAAUUGCAUUACCGUUGGCGCUACGGGGUCCACGCGCGCGAAUGAUGGCCAGAAGUUCUUUCGUGGGAAGCUGGCCACGACGAUUGCUCAGACAGCGGCAUUUAGCAGUCGGGGUCCGACGCUCAGUAAUAAGAACGCUCAAGACCAGGAUGUUGUCGGUCGCAUCAAACCUGAUGUCGUAGCGCCUGGAGUCGCGGUCUUGUCCCCGGCAGCGAAGGGCUUGGAUCUCUUCACCCGACUUGACAUUGAGAAGAAGUGCGGGAAGAGUGGAGAUCUGAACUGGUUGUUCAUGUCGGGCACAAGUAUGGCUACACCGCUGGUGGCCGGGUGUGUGGCGCUGCUAAGGGAGGCGUUGGGCAUAAGGGGAAAGACGCAUCCUAGCGCCGCGUUGAUCAAGGCACUGUUGAUCAACGGGGCGGUGAAUCAUUCGGCGCCGGCAGGUCAGGUGUUUGACUACGCUCAGGGAUUUGGGAGGGUCGACGUUCAGCGGUCGCUUGAGAUGAUCGAGGGCACGAAUCCGCUGUGUGGAUUUGUUGAUGGCGGAAACCCUUUUGAGGCGACGAAGUUUGAUGUACCGGCCUUACGCAAGGAGAUUGGCAAUAGCUGGGAAAGUGUCGAGAUUGCUAUCCCAAAGGGUCAGAAUAAGAUCGUGGUCACGCUGGCUUACACAGAUGCUCCGGGCACACUUCUGCAGAACGCCAUCAAUCUGAUCGUGCAGGCCGGUGGUCAAGAGCGGCACGGAAAUAUGGGAGACGGUCCUGGAUUUGAUAGCACGAACAAUGUCGAGAAGGUCAUUUGGGAGAACGUGCAAAGUGCGACAAUGAGGACCGUUGUGCGAUGCAAUGGCUUCACGAAAGACUUGACUUCUGCGUUCGCCGUGGCUUGGAGGGUGGAGGUCUAG